CUAGGACUGCAUGGUCUGUUGAAAUCUAUUCAAAAGCCAUGCCAUAUCAAAAAGUUCAGUGGACAGACCCUUGCGGUCGACGCCUAUGGCUGGCUACACCGCGGUACAGUCGCGUGUUCCGUUGACUUGGUCCUGGACAGACCGACCAGGAAGCAUAUCGAUUUCGUCCUUCAUCGAGUCCGCAUGCUCCUCUACUUCGGCGUUACACCCUAUCUCGUGUUCGAUGGCGACAACCUCCCUAGCAAAGCAGGCACGGAGCAAGAUCGGCACCGCAAGCGUCAGGAGAGCAAAGCUUUAGGGUUAGAACUACAAAGGAAGGGUCGAAUGCCCGAGGCCUACCAGGAGUUCCAGAAGGCUGUCGACGUCACGCCCUACAUGGCCCGUCAGUUGAUUGAGGAACUGAAGCAAAUGAAAGUACAGUACGUGGUAGCGCCCUACGAGGCUGAUGCACAGAUGGUGUAUUUGGAACAACUGGGUUUAAUCCACGGGAUUAUUUCAGAAGACUCCGACUUGCUGGUGUUCGGAGCCAAGAGAUUGUUGUCAAAGUUGGAUCAACAUGGUGAAUGCAUUGAGAUCAGCCGAGCGGAUUUUACUGCGUGUCGUGAGGUUAGCCUCGUUGGAUGGAGUGAUGCAAACUUCCGUCAAAUGUGUAUUUUGAGCGGUUGUGAUUAUUUGGCGAAUAUCCCCAAGAUGGGAUUGAAGACUGCAUACCGCAGCAUUCGCAAACACCGGACGGUUGAGAAGGCGCUGCGCAUGGCUCAGUUCGACGGCAACUUUCAGGUUCCUGCCGACUAUCUUGCAAACUUCAGGCAGGCUGAGCUCACCUUCCUCUACCAGCGAGUGUUUUGUCCCAAUGCUAAGAAGCUCGUGACUCUCACAGUUCCAGAGGAAGGUAUCGACCUCGACGAGCUGCCCUUCAUUGGAGGAGAUGUGGAAGCUGAGAUUGCGGCUGGCGUUGCGUGCGGAGAUUUGGAUCCGAUGACCAAGGAAGCGAUUGUGUUGAAACCGAUGGCUGCAGGUAAAUUACCCCUGGGGAUCAGUCGUCGUCAGACACUGGGUUCAGAGCUGAAGCCCAGCAAGUCCAUCAAUUCUUUCUUCACCCCGAAGCGGACCCCGCUGGCCGAGCUGGAUCCGAACAGCCUCACCCCGUCCCCAAGCCAGCAGCGCCUUCUGGAGCGGAAUGCGAACAACUCCUGGCAAGCCAACUCGGCUCCCUUACGCUCUAACACAGUUAGAUCUACCCCUCUUCGCGCAUUGUCAGACCAGGGUCUUAGCCCUAUGAUUCGCAGCGUCGAGCGUAAUUCGUUCCUGGCUAAGGCUGCGCGCGCAUCGACUUUGCAACCUACCAAGCGACAAAGACUAUGUUCGGAGACCGAGGACGACCAGCUCCCAGCUCGUCCUGAUAAUCGCAGUCGAUUCUUUGCCCCCAGCACGGAACAAGCAAGCCCCAGUGGCCUGAAAUACUCCCGGUCCAAGAAGCAACGAAAAUCGACACUUGAUGUCUUUUCCGAUGAAAUUGCAGAGGACAUCUUUUCCAGUAUCCCGGAUCCGGCUUCUCAGAGCGAGGUCGUGGAGACCCAAGCGGAGACUGGUCAGAGUGGAGCCGAGGCCCCAUCUGAUCCCCAGAUUGCUAAAAGUGGACCAUCCACAGAGGGUCAGAUCGAGCAACUCGAGUCCACUCCCGAGACGACCAAAUUUGAUCGUGCUCUUGAUUAUCAUGUUCAACGGCAAAACUCGACGGUCAUGUCGAAGUACAUGUUCAACUCUGGCUCCCGGCCCGAGUUGACACCUCGCUCACCCCAAACUAGAAUCCCUGUGACUAUAUCUGGGAACCGGCCAAUGCCAAUGUCUUCUCCUUGGACACCUCGCACGGCCACUCCAAGCAAAACUCCUCAGCGCCAGCGUAUGACUCCAUUGCAGCGCAUGGGGCAAGCCGCUCUCACGCGGUCGAAUACUAUCAGUUUUCCCACCAAGCUUCGAAAAGCCGACUCUCUGUCAACUGAAGCAGACAGCUCUCAAGACACACCGACAUCACCUUUCGCACCGAAGCACGUUGCACAUGGAAGCGAGGACCAUAUCAUACCGGACAGUGAAGAUGAGGACGAAGAUGAGCCGUACACGUCUCAGCGCACACCGCUUGACCUCAAGCGGUUCUCAUUUGCGGCGAACUAG